AUGGCCUGCUCCGACCUCUGCCGCCCCUGCGGACCCACCCCGCUGGCUAACAGCUGCAACGAGCCCUGUGUCAGGCAGUGCGAGGACUCCCGCGUCGUCAUCCAGCCUUCCACCGUGGUGGUCACCCUGCCAGGACCCAUCCUCAGCUCCUUCCCCCAGAGCACCGCCGUCGGAUCCUCCUCAUCGGCUGCCGUGGGCAACGUCCUCAGCUCCCAGGGAGUGCCCGUCUCCUCCGGAGGCUUCGGCUUCGGCUACGGCUACGGCUUGGGCGGCCUGGGCUGCUUCGGCUUCGGCUUCGGCUACGGCUACGGCUUGGGCGGCCUGGGCUGCUUCGGUGCCAGAAGGGGCUGCUACCCCUGCUAAGGGCCCUUGACACACGAGCUCAACAUCAACGGCUCCUCCUCUCUAUGCAUUAAAUAAGGAAGCAAGGAUGG